AUGGCCAUGAACGAGAACGCUUAUCCGACUACAUUUCCAUCCUUUGAACGGGAAAAUCACCGUGAUGCAUUGCGUCAACCCUUUGACCCGGCGUUUCGACGCACCUGGUCGAAUGGGGUGGCCCUCCGACAGCUCGUCGACUUCGCACGACCGACCGUGGCCAACCACACCAUGUCGUAUGCCCUGAUUGAGUACUGUCUUAGCCGCCUGCCGAUGCAGCACCUGGAGCGGCUGGGACAGCUCAAGAUUCCCGUCGAGCUUCACGCAGCCCCCUUUCAGUACCUGCAGAAGCACCACCGCGCCUGUGGCUUUGACUGGGUGGAGCGCUUCGUCUGGCGAACCCACGAUCUGCACAAGCCCUACAAUUUUCUCCGCCCGGAACUGCUCCUGGCGCAGGAAUCCGGCUCACAGAGGAUCGUCGCCCUCCUCACCAUCAUGCCUGGGGAAGACUACAUCCGCCACUAUGCGAGCAUCCUCGAGGUCGCGCAGCACGACGGCGCAAUCUCCUCGCAUCACGGACCGAUCCGCUGCGUGCUGUAUCCGCACCUCACGCAGUCCAUGAUGGCCUGGACAGGACUGACAGAGCUCUCCCUCAGCGUUGAGCCUGGCGAUAUUCUGAUUCUCGGCUUCGUCGCCGAGCUGCUCCCUCGGUUUGCUUCUCUCGUGCCCACCGCGCGAGUCAUUGGGCGACAAGACGCGCAGUACUACGGUCUUGUCCGGCUUGAGCUCCGCCCGGGGCUCGUCUUCAGCCUCAUCGGUGCCAAGUACAGCUACUGGGGCAACCUAGGCGGGCGCGUCGUCCGGGAGCUGGCCGCCCGCAGACCGCGCGCCAUCUGCUACAUUGCUAAGCAGGGCACCCUCCUGUCGCCGGGCGACAUCCACCGCACAAUCUACUCGCCCACCCGGUACUGCGUCUUUGACAAGGGCCAAGCCUGCUGGCACGGAGACGAUCACUCAGCCCUGCCCAUCAACCCACUCUCAUCGAGAUUCCCCACAUUUGAUCGCGGCCUGCAUGUGUCGACGCCCACCAUCGUGGAGCAGGAUGUCGACUUUCGGACACAAGUGGAGGCCCAUGGCGCUUCCUCCGUUGAUAACGAAUUGGCGCAGAUGGCAAGAGCGCUCACGGACGUGCAUGAAGAGAACCCCUCGAUGGAGCGCGUCCAGUUACUGCCUCUCAUGUUCAUUACCGACUAUCUCCGACGCCCGGAAGAGCUGGGAAUGACAGUGCCGUUCGACCUUACAUCGCGCAACGAAACUGUGCAUCGCAACAAGGAAUUGUUCCUGGCCAGGUCUGCCCACCUGGUUCUGGAAGCUUUUAACGUCAUCGAGCGCCCCAAGGCCAUCAUAGUGGGGACGGGAUAUGGUGUCAAGACCAUUCUGCCAGCCCUGCAGAGGCGCGGAGUUGAAGUCGUUGGAUUGUGCGGCGGUCGUGACCGUGCCAAGACGGAGGCCGCGGGGAACAAACACGGUAUACCAUGCAUUGAUGUCUCUUUGGCCGAAGUGCAAGCAACUCACGGCGCCAAUCUGCUCUUUGUCGCUUCUCCGCACGAUAAGCAUGCUGCUCUUGUCCAGGAGGCCCUUGACCUCGGCGGCUUUGACAUUGUAUGCGAGAAGCCACUUGCCUUGGACAUGGCAACGAUGCGACAUUUUGCCAAUCAAUCACAAGGCUCCUCUCAGCUGCGCUUGAUGAACCACCCUCUCCGCUUCUACCCGCCGCUCAUUCAGCUCAAGGCGGCCUCCAAAGAACCAAGCAACAUUCUGGCCAUUGACAUUCAGUACUUGACUCGGCGGCUGUCCAAGCUCACCCAUUGGAGCGCUGGCUUCUCCAAAGCCGCCGGAGGAGGCAUGAUGCUAGCCAUGGCCACUCAUUUCCUCGAUCUCAUCGAAUGGCUCACGAGUUCGUCACUCACCCCGGCCUCGGUGCAAGACAUGUCCACAUCGAACUCGAUUGGUCCGCUACCGACCGAAGAUGCUGGAGCCACCAAGACUCCCGAUGUCGAGUCGGCCUUCCAGAUGAACGGCUGCUGCGGCCUGUCCACAAAGUACUCGGUGGACUGUGACGGUGCUGCAGACACUGAACUAUUUUCCGUCACGCUCCGUCUUGACAAUGAGCACGAGCUUCGAUUUAUCCAGAGAAAGGGAAGCCCUGUUCUGCUGGAACAGCGCCUCCCUGGCCGAGAAUGGUUGCCGCUCAAGGUUCAUUGGGAGCAGCGCGUGCGAGAGGGCUCGCCGUGGCAAAUCUCCUUCCAGUACUUUGCGGAAGAACUGGUCGAGGCAAUCUGCAUGGGAACAAGGUCGGCGUUUGCGGACAAAGCCACAGGGUUCAGCGACUAUGCUAGACAAGUCGGCGUCUUUGGAUCCAAGGUGGGCAUAGCCUGA